AAAUAAGCUGUACUACUCAUGCACUGACUGCUGCGCAACCUGGUCAGUUACUCAGUUUGCCAGAAGCAUCUCCUAUAUCUCAGUACUCCAAAGUUUAGGCCAUAUACAAAUUGCCGAGCAACAGGGAUACUAGUACCAUAAUAAGCGUACGUCCUCUCCACUUCUCUCCAGCUAGCUUACUACUACUAACUACACCACCGGUGACCGGUCACUACUAAAUGCCGGAGAAGCUUCCGCCACGCCGCCGCCGCCCGAUGGCGGCGGGGAGCUGGGUCCGGUCGUUCCAUUGUAAGUCCACGGCGAUUGGAGACGUCGCCGCGGCCAUCACGGCGCUGCCCAAGAAGCCCCACCUGCACCUGCCUCGCUCCAGCUGCGCUAGCUCCGGCGACGCCCACAACCACAAGAACGUCUCGUCGUCGUCGUCAUCGUCGUCUAAGGCCAAGCCGGCGGCGAGUUCGAAGGUAAGUCCGGCCAAGCCGAGGAAGCCCAAGGCUAAGGCGGCAUCCGUUCCGCCGUCGUCGCCUCCUCCUGUCCCGCUUGGUCCGGUCCCGGCGCUCACCGAGCUCCCGGCGGGGCACUCGUCGCGGCAGGUUGUCGAGAUUAUCUUCCUCUCGUCGUGGUCUCCGCUUCCGGCGACACAGGCGGCUUUGCCCGCCGCGGUAGCUUCCACCGCCGCCGCCGGCGCGUCAACGGCAGAGGUGGAGAUGCUGUUCCGCGUCCACAACCCCGCGCGCGCCGUGGCGCGCUUCGAGGACUACCGCGCCGCCGUGCGCGCUCGGGCCGGUGGGGCCUCCCGCAGCGCCGCCGACGGCAACGAGAUGAUGCGCUUCUCCCCGGCGCCGCCUGAUGACGGGUGCUCCUCGGCCGCGGGCGAGGACGCGCUGCGUAUCCGGACGUUCGACGGCAGCGGCGGCGCGCACGCCAACGGGCGCGGGCCGGCGUCCGGCAGGCGGGCCAUGUUCCUGUGCAGGGUGAUCGCCGGCCGCGUGGCGGAUGGGCCAGCAACCUCCGGCGCCGGAGCCGACGCCGAGCCCGUGCCCAGCAAGGAGUACGACUCCGUCCGCGCCGGCAAGGGCGAGCUGGUGGUGUUCGACCGGCGAGCCGUGCUCCCCUGCUUCCUCAUCAUCUACAAGCUGUAAAAACGUCCCGAUAACCCCCUGCCCGCUAAUUUUUGUCACUGCUCAUGGGUUAAUUAAUCAACCAACCGCCAUUAACUGCAUAGCUAGGUGUGUGUAAAAUGAUCUCAUCAGUUAUGAUUACCCCUGUCCAAAUCCAAUUAAUCUCUCUCCCCAUCGCUGUACAUCUUCUGCGAGUGAGUUCAAGGCAUGUACAGCCACUGUGCUGCACCCCGCACAGGCGCACAGCCGCCUGAUGUGCACCGCAUUGUUGGAUUGCGUCCUCUGCACUGCAGCGUGUGGCGUUUGUGGUGAUGUUGUUUAUUCCCUGGAGUUGUCGUGUUCGACGGGGAGGGAGAGGCUUUUUAGGCUUUUCCUCCGGGCGGGAGGAAAUCAGGAAAGACAAAAGGAAUGGAUGGAGGCAAGGCGACGGCUUGGCCAUGGGGCAUCAGAUCAUCAGAGCGAGCGACGCGAGGGACCGCGACGCCGCGCUCGCUUGGGACGGCGUGUCGCGGGGCGCAGGCAGAGGCAGUGCUGCCUGGCUGCUGGGCAAGUGAGCAGGAGAGAGCUAGGGGCGCCGCGUUAAUGGAGGCGUUCGGGUUUGGCACACUUGCUCAGCAGCUGGGCUGGGCUCGUCAUUAAUUCAGGCGCCUGUUCGCCAUGUGAGUACUUCACUCUGCUACGGAUUAGGAGUUUGGAUGGUUUCGCGGAGAACAGCGGCGUUUACCAUAAUUUUAUUUUAUCUUUUUAUAACGAAAAUACAGCCAUUCUACAGCUUAUUUCCAGAAGGAUCUCUUUUACCAUCAGCUGUGGACUGUGGUGUGGCACGUGUGAAUAUGUUGCACAAGGGUUUGUACGAAGAAUAUUGUUUCAAAUAAUCAAAUGCAAAAUCUGCCUAUGUAUGGAUUUUUCUCAA